UGGUGAUGAGAGAGAGCUUCAUUCACACCCCAGCGUCUCUGCAGCAGCAUCAUGGUCUUCUGCUGGGGCGAUUCAUCCAGAGGACAGCUGGCUUUUCCCGGCACUGGAGGGAAUGGCAUCACCACACCGACUUCAGUCAACUUUAAUGAACAACUCAUUCAGAUCUCUUGUGGAGAACAGCACACUUUAUUCCUGACUGUCAGCGGACAGGUGCUGUCCUGUGGCCGAAACUCUAAAGGACAGCUGGGACGGUCCAAGAGCAAAGACACCAGACUGCCAGUGAAGAUUGAAGGCUUGGGAGCUGUCGCUGCGGUAGCAUGUGGACAGGACCACAGUUUGGCUCUGUGUGAUUCAGGUCAAGUGUUUUCCUGGGGAGCGGGUGGAGAAGGUCAGCUGGGCCACAACAACCUUGUGGCAAAAUGUCUCAAACCAGUACCACUUGUGAUACCAUUACCCGUCCAAAUUCCAGUGGUGCAGGUGGCUUGUGGAAAUUUCCAUUCUUUGGCCCUAACAAAAGGAGGUGAAGUCUAUUCGUGGGGUCAGAAUAAAUAUGGGCAGCUGGGUCUGGGGAAAUCAGUGGACCUGCAGCCUGAACCUGCUCUGGUACGAGCUAUUGUCGGAGUUCCAGUCAUUCAGAUCUCUGCUGGUGGAACACAUACCAUGGCACUGGCUCUCCCAGCUCAAGUGUUCUGCUGUGGAGCUAACAGUGUUGGACAGCUGGGCCUUAAUAGGACUGAUGUGAAAGGCCGAUUUGCAGUAUGUGCAGUUCCAGCUUUGAGGAACUUGGGGGUGUCUUCCAUCAGCUGUGGAGCGGCUCACACUGCUGUUCUCACUAAGGCUGGAGAGGUGUACACAUUCGGAGAGGGAGCUCAUGGUCAACUUGGGCACAACUCCACCAAUAAUGAGCUUCGACCCAGGAAAGUUGAGGACCUUGAUGGACCUGCUAAACAAGUAACCUGUGGCAGCCACCACACUCUGGUUCUGAUGCCGUCUGGUAUCCUCUUCACAUUUGGCCGUGAUGUCCAGGCACGGGCGAGUGGUGACACUGAGAACAGCGUGCAGCCAGUAAAACUGGAAGGAGACUGGAGUAUCACAGGAGCAGGGAUACAAGCAGAAAUGAAGAUAUCAUCAGGCUACAGUUCCAACUUUCUUUUCUUUCCACAUUCCAAGACCAAUGUUCUUGGAGAGCCAAUUGGAAAACUUGAAGAGGCCCAAGUGCAGAGAUGGGUUACAAUGUUGGAAUCAGACAGAAGCAUUAAAGAAAUCAAAAGGGAGGUUGCCUUGACUUUUGCCACAAGUUCAAAUCUCGUCGCCUGCUUCAUUAAAGACAGGAAUACUCCAGGUACUAUUCAGGUUGAUUUGAAUGCUGCUAGCGAGACGUUUGACCAGCUCCUGAAGAUUCCCUGGAUCAAGAAUUCAGUGAACAUCACACAUGUGGUGGACAUCCUUUUGUAUGCUGCUCCAGUGAUGAGGUGUCCUGAGAUCUUCCUGCUUCUGCCCAUAUGCUCCAUUCUUCACGAACCACACAAUGUCAUUAGACUGGUGCUGCCGUUAGCUGUAGCCAUCACAGACCUCAAUGAGACUGCCCUGAAUAGCUUGAAGGAGUACUGGUCCUCCAUGGAUGCCAGCAUUAUGACAAAGUACAUCUGUAUGUGGAAACAAGCACUUGCCUUCCUCCUGAAGUCCACCAUGUGGUUAAAUUUUAACCCUGGUGUGAAAGCAGUGCUGGAAGUCCUCAAGUUACUUUACAGGGGAAACAAAAGGGCAGAGAAGUCAAGGAAGGUUCCACUCAGUGAGUUCUACAUAGAAGAAAUCGGCACCACACCAAACUUACUUGAAGAGGAUGCUAUGCUGUGGAAGUACAUUAAGUGGGGACUAGUUCAGGAAGUGGAUCAGACACCUGCCAUUUUCUGCCGUUACCCAUUUCUCCUGGAUCUGAUGAGCAAAAUCAGCAUUUUCAAAUACAUUGCUAAUUUGACCCAGAUGGCUCAUCAGCUUGUCCACAAUAAUGUGGUGGCUGGCGGAGUCUUUCGGGAGAUGUUCAAAUGGGAAGUCCCAACACCGAUCCUUCAGCUGAAAGUGAGACGCACUGCCCUGCUUGAGGACACAUUCAGACAACUUAACAAUGCUGACCAUGACAACUUUAAAAAAGCUCUAGUGGUGCAGUUUGUAGAAGACUCCAGACUGACAGAAGUGAACAAACGGGAUUUUUUCCUCCAUACGUUUAAUGAGCUUUUGGCUCCUAAAUCCGAGAUGUUCAUGUACAAUGACAAAGAAAGGCAAACAAUGAUCUGGUUCCCUGCCAAGCCAACACUUGAAUUAAAACAGUACUUCCUGUUUGGGAUCCUCUGUGGCCUGGCCCUCUACAACAGCAACAUAGUGCAUAUACCGUUUCCUCUGGCCUUGUUUAAAAAGCUGGUCAAUGUAAAGCCCACUCUGGAGGAUAUGAUUGAGUUCAUCCCUGUGAUCGGAAAGAGUUUGCAUUGCAUUCUUCAUGAGUACCCUGAUGAUGUUGUUGAUGACUUGAACAUCCCUUUCUGUGCGCACUGGGAUGGUGCUGAUGUGGAGCUGGAGUCCCACGGAAAAGGAAAAUCCGUGACAAGUGAUAACAAGAAGCAGUAUGUGGAGGCAUAUGUCGACUAUGCACUGAACAAGUCAGUGGAGCAGGUGUUUAAUGAGUUUAAGAGGGGAUUCUACAAAGUGUGCGAUGAAGAAGUGGUGAACUUAUUCCAGCCGGAGGAGCUCAGAGGAGUGAUGGCGGGCACAGAGGAAUACGACUGGGACACAUUCAGACAGAAUACAGCAUAUGCUGGACAGUACCAUGAGAGACACCCUACUAUUGUUGCUUUCUGGGAGGUAUUUGAGGAGCUGACGCAUGAGGAAAAGAAAGCCUUUCUCUUGUUUCUGACGGGCUGUGAUCGCGUACCUAUCCUUGGGAUGGAGCAAGUUAGGAUGAUCAUAUUGGACCGUCCUAACUUCACCCAGGACCAUCUGCCAGAGUCCCUCACCUGCCACUCUCAUUUCAUGCUCCCUCCAUAUGAGAACAAGCAGCGUCUGGAGGAAAAGCUUAUCAUAGCACUAAAACACAACCGAGGCUUUUGGAUAGAAGAUACAACAACUGGAUGAACUGAUCUUUGAAUAUUUAGGUCAUGCAUUAUUAUAAAGCUUAUUUACUGUACUGUGCAAAAGUAUUAGGCACCCUAUUUUUUUUAGUACAAACUUUGUUAUAGAUAUUAUUAUUUGAUGACUUCUACAUUAUCGAGUCAGUACAAAAACUUUUAGAUUUUAGAUUUCCAUGCAUUACUGUAUGUACCAUUUUAAUAUAUAUACACAUUUCUUUUCUUAACAUUCUGCUUAUUAUAGGUUGCUAACCAGCACUGAUUAACUAAGAUCUCAGAUCACUAGCAUUAAUUUACUUAGGUGCAUUAGGAUAAACUGCAUGUGCAGAAUAUUGGUAUGAAUUGCAUCACUUAAUACGUAGGGGAAGGAAACACUAUGUCAGUUAGGUAUUUGCAUUUUACAUUUAUUCUUAUUAGCUGUGGUGAGUGCAAAACAGAAAUUCGCCAAACAGGCAUAAUUGCUUGUCCGAUAUAACACUUAUUAAAGGUGAUAAAUAGCAUCGAAAAGCUGCUCCAUGUACAACUUGAACUUAAAAUAAAAGUAUAUUCUGUUCAUGA